AUGUCGAAUCGUGGCGGUCACGGCGGCGGUGGUCGUGGCGGAAGAGGAGGAAGGAGGUCUGACCAGAGACAAGAUCAGUCUUCUGGUUCCGUUGCUUGGCCUGGUUUACCACAAACCUCCGGUGGUGGUCGUGGUGUUUCUGGUGGGAGAGGUCGUGGUAACGUCGGGACCGGAGAUCUGACGGCGACGGAGGUUCCUGUUUCUGGUGGGAGAGGUCGCGGUAACGUUGGACGAGGGGGUUUUACUGGAGAUCCGACGACGGCGAGUCAAGUUUCUGGCGGGAGAGGUCGUGGUAACGUCGGACGUGGGGGUUUCACCGGAGCUCCGACGGCGAGUCAAGUUGUUCCUUCUGUUGCGUCUUCUUCUAAGACGAUGGUGGUGGCUUCUGCUUCUGCUUCUUCGUCUAAGGAGGAGAGGACGGUUGUUACGGAGGUUUCUGACGCGGCUGCGGCUUUGGCGAAGGUUCAGAUUUCUCCGCCGGAGACGAAACCGGAGUCUACUCUUCCUCCGUCGUCGUCAAAGGCUGUGCCGCUUCAGUUACGACCAGGGCGUGGCACUGUUGGGAGGAAAAUCACUGUUCGUGCGAAUCAUUUCCUUGUUCAAGUCGCCGAUCGUGAUCUCUACCAUUACGAUGUUACGAUCAAUCCUGAGGUGAUAUCAAAGACUGUGAACAGGAACGUGAUGAAAGCUCUGGUUAGUAUGUAUAAAGAGUCUCACUUGGGAGGGAAGUCUCCUGCGUAUGAUGGAAGGAAAAGCAUCUACACUGCUGGUGCUUUACCUUUUGAAUCCAAAGAGUUUGUUGUGGAUCUGACUGAAAAAUUAGCUGAUGGUUCUCCUGGGAAGGAUAGAAAGUUUAAAGUUGCUAUAAAGCAGGUGGCUUCAAGACCUGAUCUUUAUCAGUUGCAACAGUUUCUGCGUCAGAGGCAAAGAGAGGCUCCGUAUGAUGUUAUCCAACUGCUGGAUGUUGUUCUAAGGGAUCAGCCUUCUAAAGAUUAUGUCUCUGUUGGGAGGUCUUUUUUCAGCACUGUUUUUGGUAAGGGUGAGCUUGGAGAUGGUGUUGAGUACUGGAGAGGCUAUUUCCAAAGUCUAAGGUUAACUCAGAUGGGCCUGUCUCUUAACAUUGACGUUUCAGCAAGAUCGUUCUAUGAACCCAUUGUUGUCACAGACUUUAUUAGCAAGUUUCUGAAUAUAAGGGACAUGAGCAGACCACUUAAUGACUCAGAUAGGCUCAAGGUGAAGAAAGUUUUGAAGACAGUAAAAGUUAAGUUGCUACAUUGGAAGAACGGAAAAACUGCCAAGAUUACUGGGAUUUCCACCUGUCCCAUCAGUCAGCUAAGGUUCACUUUAGAGGACAAGUCAGAGAAGACGGUUGUACAAUAUUUUUUUGAAAGAUAUAAUCAUAGGGUGAGAUACCCGGCUCUACCUGCUAUCCAAACUGGGAAUGACUCAAGACCUGUCUACAUACCCAUGGAACUAUGUCAAAUUGUUGGAGAGCAGCGAUACACGAAAAGGCUCAAUGAGAAGCAAGUGACGGCAUUGUUAAAAGCUACCUGCCAACGACCUGAAGAAAGAGAGAGAUCAAUACAAAGAUUGGUUGUGGGAAAUAAAUAUGACAGCCCUCUUGUGAAGGAGUUUGGGAUGUCAGUGACUUCCCAACUAGCCUCGAUUGAAGCUCGUGUACUUCCUCCACCAAUGUUGAAGUACCAUGAUAGUGGUAGAGAGAAAAUGGUAAAUCCGAGGCAAGGACAGUGGAACAUGAUUAACAAGAAAAUGGUUAAUGGAGCACGUGUUGAUCGUUGGACUUGCGUAAAUUUCUCUCGGCGAAUUGACCAACGUUUACCCGAAGAGUUCUGCUAUCAGCUGACUGAGAUGUGUGUCAGUAAAGGAAUGCAAUUUAAUCCAGCACCUGUUAUUCCACUCAUCUCUGAUCCGCGUCAAUCAAUCGAGGAAGCUCUUCACGAUAUUCACAAAAGGGCAGCUGGUAUCCAACUACUGAUUGUCAUAUUACCUGACGUGACUGGAUCAUACGGAAAAAUCAAAAGGAUCUGUGAAACAGAAUUGGGGAUCGUCUCUCAGUGUUGUCAACCAAGACAAGUUGUUAAACUCAAUAAUCAGUACAUGGAAAAUGUUGCCUUGAAGAUUAACGUCAAGACUGGGGGAAGGAACACUGUUCUGAAUGAUGCUAUCAGAAGAAACAUACCUCUUAUUACUGAUCGCCCAACCAUAAUCAUGGGUGCUGAUGUGACUCACCCGCAACCUGGAGAGGACUCGAGUCCUUCUAUUGCUGCUGUUGUAGCCUCAAUGGACUGGCCUGAAAUAACAAAAUACCGAGCAUUAGUUUCUGCUCAGGCUCAUAGGGAAGAAAUCAUCCAGGACCUGUAUAAGCUGGAACAGGAUCCACAGCGAGGGUUAAUCCACUCUGGUUUAAUAAGAGAACAUUUCAUAGCAUUCAGGAAGGCUACGGGGCAAAUACCUUCGAGGAUCAUAUUCUACCGUGAUGGUGUCAGUGAAGGGCAGUUCAACCAGGUUCUUUUCCAUGAGAUGAAUGCUAUACGCAAGGCUUGUAACUCUCUCCAGAAGGAUUAUCUUCCUCGCGUCACUUUCGUAAUAGUCCAGAAACGACACCACACUCGUUUGUUCCCUGCUGAACACGGGAAUCGUGAUAUGACUGAUAAGAGUGGCAAUAUUCUUCCAGGUACUGUGGUUGACACUCAAAUCUGUCAUCCAAAUGAGUUUGACUUCUAUUUGAACAGCCACGCUGGUAUACAGGGAACAAGCAGGCCGGCGCACUACCAUGUGCUUUACGACGAGAACGGUUUCUCAGCUGAUGCAAUGCAAACACUAACCAACAACCUUUGCUACACGUAUGCAAGGUGCACUAAAGCAGUGUCGAUUGUGCCACCAGCUUACUAUGCGCACUUGGCUGCUUUCCGAGCUCGCUAUUACAUGGAGAGUGAGUUCUCAGAUGGAGGCUCGAGCAGGUCGAGGAACACGACCACAACUGCAGGUGCAGUCGCUUCGAAGCUCCCAGCAGUAAAAGACAACGUCAAGGAUGUGAUGUUUUAUUGCUGAUGAAGUGAUAUGAUUUGAUACUUCUCUAUUUUGCUAGUUUUAAUAGCCGUUAAUACUUUUGAAGAAAACUAUAUACAUUCGGCUCUCGGGUUUAUAUCUCUUUUGGGGUUUGGCUUGGAAUGUUUUAAAAGACUCGGCCAACUUUUUUCUCUUAGGAUUAUAAUUAUGGUGUAGACAAUGGUCUGGUGACUAAGUUUGUCGUUUGUGAAAAACAAAAGGUUAAUUAUGGGUUUUUUUGGAUAAAGAUCUAAACUCUGAA